UUCUGGAAAUUUGCCGCGGAGCUGAUCUCAGAGUGGCGGGUACAUGCCAAGAGCUGGAAAUCCAAUUGUUUGCCUCUUUGCUCUAAGAGAAGCCCUUAGAAGUGUCCCCGAAGAACAAAAGCAAAAUGGAUAACCAAAGAGUUCUCGAGGCAGAGAGAUAUCAGAUGGAGCAGAUUCGAGAGCUUGAAUUUGAGGAAUUACAAGUCGAGGAAGUGGAGGAAGGCAACUCAUCGGACGAUGACCGGGACGCCAUUGGUGCUGCUUCAUCUGAUGAAUAUGCUUUUAACACAUUCCUGGCCCCUUUGCACACUUAUCUUGGUGAGGUUGAAGAUACUCACCGUAGAUUGGCUUUCUUAGAUGGUGGCGCCAUAUUAACUCUUCCAUUGUUCUAUCUUGAAGGGGUUGUUCUUUUCCCAGGAGCCAUUCUUCCUCUUAGAGUUGUUCAACCAAAUUUUAUAUCUGCUGUUGAGAGGGCUUUAACACAAGUUGAUGCUCCUUACACCAUAGGCGUGGUCCAUGCAUAUAGAGAUCUUGAUAACAGACGAUUAAAGUUUGCAACUGUAGGGACAACUGCGGAGAUUCGACAAUAUCGGCGGUUAGAGGAUGGAUCAGUAAAUGUAGUUACUCGUGGCCAGCAGCGCAUUCGUUUAAGACGUCAUUGGAUUGAUGUGGAAGGAGUGCCAUGUGGGGAGGUUCAAGUUAUCCAGGAAGAUCUGCCAUUAAGGGCACCACAGGAUGCAUUUGGAAGAUUAGCACCAUUAUGUAUUAACAGGCAUAAUGUUUCACAUAGAAUGCCUUCAAAAGUCUCAUUGCGUGGACAUGGGGAUGGUGACAAUGAUUCAGAAGCAAACUCAGAGGAAAGCUUCGAGAUUGGACUUUCACCGGCUGAAAAGAGAAUCCAUCAAUCUGCAGUCACUUCAUGUUGCGGCUAUGAUGUGAUUGAUGAAUCAACAAGUAGUGAUGAGGACAAGUUUGAAUCAGAAAUCAAACGUACAAAAUCUCAUAUAAGUGAUUAUGGGUGCAGUUCCACACCGGGAGAACAAUCUCUCAAAGGGGAAGGUUCCAGAAAUCGCCGCAAAAAUGCUGGCUUAAGCCAUUUUAGUAAGGUGCCAAGAGCAUUCUGGCCCUACUGGGUGUAUCGUAUGUAUGAUUCCUAUUGCCUUGCUGAAAGGGCUGCAGACAUGUGGAAACAGAUAGUUGGGACCCCAAGCAUGGAUGGUCUUGUGAGAAGACCUGAUCUUUUAUCAUUUUACAUUGCCAGUAAAAUUCCUGUGUCUGAAUCCACAAGGCAGGAGCUUUUGGAGAUUGAUGGCAUUUCAUAUCGCCUACAACGGGAAAUUGAUUUACUAAAAAGUUUUGAUCUUAUUAGGUGUAAAUAUUGUCAGAUUGUUACUGCCAGGCGGAGUGAUAUGUUGGUGAUGUCCAGUGAAGGUCCCCUUGGGGCUUAUGUUAACCCACAUGGUUCUGUGCAUGAGAUAAUGACUUUCUAUAAAGUAAAUGCCAUAGUACUUUAUGGGGAAGCAGUUACAGAAUACAGCUGGUUUCCUGGGUAUGCAUGGAUAGUAGCACACUGCGCCAUUUGUGAAUCCCAUAUGGGGUGGCUUUUCACUGCCACAAAGAAAAAGUUGAAGCCUCAAUCAUUUUGGGCAAUCCGGAGUGCUCAAGUUGCUGAUGAUAAACACUAAGCUCAGAAUCAGUAUUUUCCAUUAUGGCUCUGAAUUGUGGCUGUGGCCCCGUAAUGUAAUGAGGUUACCUUGUAUAUAUUACUAGUCCUUUUUGUCCCCUCCUGGUUCUCCUUUGAUAUUAGACAAAUCUUUCUUUGGCAAGUGAUAUUUCCUAGAGAUUUCAAAGAAUCAGUCGGCUAUACAAUGUCUGGUUUGGAACAAUAAAGUGGUUUUCCAAAUGAUUUGAAUUCUUUUUGCUUUUGGUUUCA